AUGGCCCAACUUGCUUCCGUCGCAUUGGUAGCGAUUGUAGCGAUUGUAGCUCUUGCUUCGAUAUACGUGGUGGUGCGCGCUAUUGCUGAUCCUCUGAGGGGAGUGCCUGGGCCAUUUUGGGCACGUUUUUCGCGACUAUGGUAUUUACGCGAAGUCUACGAGGGCCCGAUUGUGCGCAUUACUCCGAAUGAGUAUAGUAUAGACGAUCCGGCAGCAGAAAAGACCAUAUACGGGCUAGGAACCAAAUUCUAUAAAUCGCCGUGGUAUAUUGCUUCCGGAAAUCCAGAUCCAACAAAUUCGGACCUCUUCACCGAACGCCACCCAGCACAACACGCACUGAUGCGACGAAAAGUUGCGAAUCUUUACUCUGCAAAUACCCUGUUACGGUUGUUUGUACAGCGCCUGAAUGAGGUCGCUGCAACAGGUCGCCCAAUCAAUGUGCAGCAUUGGUUGCAAUGUUAUGCAUUCGAUGGAAUCGGUUACAUCACACUUUCGAAAAGAUUUGGGUUCCUGGACCGCUGUGAGGACGCACGAGGAAUGUUUACAAGUCUCCAUUCCUAUCUGAAAUAUGCUUCACGGAUCGGAGUGGUUUCAGAGGUACACCCAAUUGCAUCCAAAUUGCUGGCAAAGCUCGGCAGCGGCGGUAUGUCCCACAUGAUGAGCUUCGUUGGCGCCCAGCUUCAGGACAGACAGCAGCGACUCGCAGAAAAAGAGGGCGGAGGCACAGACGAUGAUUUUGUGUCGAGAAUACUCGCGCAGCACAAAGCAGAUCCUGAAAAAUUCACCUUCACUGAUGUGUUCAGCACAUGUAUUACCAACAUUGGUGCCGGCUCUGACAAGACAUCGAUCUCGCUGUCCGCAGUUAUGUACCAUCUAAUUCGCAAUCCAAACAUGCUCGCUGAGCUUCGCAGUGAACUCGAUGAAAAACUACAGCCUGGAAAGACUAUCGAAGACUUCUCGUUCCAAGACGCCCAAAGAUUACCAUAUCUACAAGCUUGCAUCAAAGAAGCUCUCAGCGUCCACCCGGCUACAGGCUUACCUUUAGGAGGAGUAGUACUAAGCGGUGGUGCUGAGAUUCUGGGGGUGUUUUUCCCGGCCGGAACGGUGAUCGGUAUCAACACAUGGGAUGCGGCACUAUAUCGGCCUGAGAGGUGGCUGAUCAACGAUAAACAGCAAUUGUCUCGAAUAGACGGUUAUUAUUUACCGUUCGGCCACGGAUCACGCACCUGUAUUGGAAAGAACAUAAGCCUCUUGGAAAUGUCGAAGCUUGUGCCCGUAUUGGUGUAUCGAUUUGACUUUGAUCUAGUCAGACCGGAGGAAGAACUCGAAUGCCAGAAUGUCUGGUUCGUCAAGCAGAAGAAUAUCAAUUGUCGAGUAUCGCUGAGAUGA